CACUUCCUUUCUCUGUUAUUUGUGGACCUCUGCGCCUGUGUGCAGAACAAUCAACUUCAUGAUGUUGUGCUGCUAAGAGGAAAUGCUGGGCUAUACUGGGCAGUGAGAAGAAGUACCUGCUACUGGGAAGAGCAGCUCUGUGACGUUCACUGCAUGGGAUCAAUAUGGAGGUAAUACCAAGUAGCUAUUUUGUUGGGACUCUGUCAAUCUGAGAUAGCAAACCACCUUCACUGAUGGCCUGUGUGGAGAGAAAUAACAAAAUCCUGCUCGAUUUGGUGCGACAGCCAGGCAACAACUUUUGUGCUGAUUGUGGAGUUCCUGAUCCUGACUGGGCCUCAUACACUCUUGGUGUCUUUGUGUGCCUAAACUGCUCAGGGAUUCAUCGUAAUUUGCCUGCUGUCAGCAGAAUGAAAUCGAUACGUCUGGAUCACUGGGAUGACUCACUAGUAGAGUUUAUGCAGGAAAGGGGAAACAUUGCAGCCAAGGCCAUAUAUGAGAAGUGUAUCCCUGCCUUCUUCUACCAGCCAAAACAGAAAGAUUGCAUGGUUCUUAAGGAUCAAUGGAUCCGUGCAAAGUAUGAACGAAGAGAAUUCACAGGAGAAAACGAGUUCUUUAAGCAAGCUUAUUGCUCAGAACUGUUUGAGUCAACUCUUUGGAAAAAGGGAAAAGACAACAAGCAGUUCUUAAAGAGGAUCUUCCAGCUGUCCCGGAAAGACUUCACCCUUAGAUACUUUAUUAAAGAGGAUUCCAAGCUACCCAAAGUUGUCAUCUCCAUGAAGGACCUGAAUGCAGUUUUCCAGCCAGAGAAGAUUGGCCACACACAUGGUCUGCAGAUAUCCUACGUGCAUGGGGAACGCACCAGGAAUCUGUUUGUUUAUCAUGAGAAAGGACAGGUAAUUGUAUCCUUGUUCAACGCUAUACGGGCAACACGUUUGGCCUACCUACAGAGGAAACACCCAACUCUUGGAGAUAAGGAUUUAAUACCCCAGUUAACGACAUAUUGCCUGAAGGAGGGGUACAUGGAGAAAACUGGGCCCACGCAUCGGGAGCCAUUCAAGAAGAGAUGGUUCACACUGUGCUCCAUGAACAGAAAACUUCUGUAUUCUAAAAAUCCCCUGGAUGCAACAGAGCUGGGUGCUGUCUUCAUCGGCACGGAGAGCCACAGCUACUCUGCUUCAGAGAGCAGCGGGCGGAGCUCGAGGGGCGGCAGGUGGAACUGUGGCAUCAUGCUGCAAACUCCGGACAGGGAGUAUGUGUUUAUGUGUGAGCAGCAGCAGGAGCAGAAAGAGUGGCUGGAGGCCUUCAGAAAGAUCAUUUCCCAACCCAUGACCCCAGAGGAUUACGCUAAUGAAGCCAACAUGAGAGAGGAAAAUGACUUGAGCAGCUCAGCUCUACUUGUUGGUUUGCAUGAGUUUAGGAUCCUUAAUUAUUGUAUUGGGACAUAACAGACUGAACGCAUCUUGUUUCAAAAGAUGUGUCGAUGUAAAAAACUCUCUUAUUAACUGGCAACAAUGUUUGAAAUAACUGAGAAAUAAAUGACCACCUCUAACAUGUUGUACAUACUACAGUGUCUGAUGACACCAUGUGACACCUUGGAGAAGUUACUGUCACAGAUGGGAUGUUGCUGCACAUCAUUAGCCUAAUUUACAUUGCUGUUGCCACAUUGACAUGACAGAAGUAUUUGCAAUACAUUAGUAAUGCCCGCGAAACAAAUAUUAUAUUUAUUAAUGAAUAUAUAAGGAGAAGAAUAAACAUUUUUAACAUGUUGUGUAUAAUUUGUAAUUGUUCUGUAGUUUUUAAAUGUUUUUAUAUUUCAGUCAGUUUCAUUUUAGCUGUCAAUAACGUUUUGUGCGAUGUAAAACUAUAAUAAUGUAAUAAAUAAUUGAAUCCUGCUUUUAAUGUUCAGUGCAAGAGUUGGCUUUAGUGCCUCUCUAAUUACUGUGUAUACUGUGCUGAUGGUGCAAUCUCUAAAUAAAUGUGUGCUAAAUUCA